CUUACCCCUAGCAGGCACGCGUUCUGUCAGUGGAGGAGAGGGCUUAAAAAUCCAGCUGUAUAGCUCAAAAUCAUUGAUUCUGGGGAUUGUGUCCUUUUUUCCUUUGUAUCACUUUUUCUUGUUUGGUAAUACCUCAUUCUCAGAUCUGAGAUAUAACGGGUGUUCUGAAGAAGAAGACCAGAAGUUUUUCUUACAUGGCUGAAGCACCUGUCUGUGAUUUAUUUUGACAUUUCGUGUGAUAUUUUUAUUGACGGCUAAACACGGCUCUUUUCUGUGUUCUGGACUUGUUUGAUUGUGCCAUACAAGGAUUUUUUGCAGGAAAACUGAGUGUGUAAACUCUGAGGAGGAACCAUGUGUUGUACUUGUUAUAAAUGCUGAUCCUCUCUCUGCAUAGAGCAACCAGUGUGUGAGGAAUUUAAUCAAGAGAUGACCACUGUGUCAAUGGAGCCUAUAGUGGCGAUGGUGGAGAAGUUUUCCAACGUUACGGAGACCCCAGUUGAAGCUUCUACCGAAGACAUGGCUGCCACCUUCACCAUUGGCACCAUUCUGUCGUUGAUGUGUCUGGUGGGCGUGUCUGGAAACAUCUACACGCUUGUGGUCAUGUGUCACUCAAUGCGCUCAGCCGCCUCCAUGUACAUCUACAUCAUCAACCUGGCUCUGGCAGAUCUACUUUACCUCCUCACUAUUCCAUUUGUGGUGUGCACACAUUUCCUAAAAGGAUGGUACUUUGGCGAUGCCGGGUGUCGAAUCCUCAUUAGUAUGGACUUUCUCACCAUGCACGCCAGCAUUUUCACACUGACUGUCAUGAGUACAGAACGUUACUUCGCCAUUCUCAAGCCUCUGGACACGGUCAAACGUUCCAAAAGCUAUCGAAAGGCAAUAGCCCUGCUGGUAUGGACGGCCUCUUUGAUUCUCACCUUACCCAUGAUCAUUGGAGUCCAGCUAAUGACUGAGAGCUCCAAGCCCAUGUGUCAACCCACACUGAGCCCGCUCUCCUAUAAAAUCUACAUCUCUUUUCUCUUUAGCACCAGCAUUGUAGCUCCAGGGGUGAUAAUCGGCUACCUGUACAUAUGCCUGGCACGCACCUACUGGAUCUCGCAAACCGAGACAUUCAAGCAGACUAAGAAGCUCCCAAACCUAAAGGUUCUCUAUCUGAUUUUCACCAUCGUGCUCCUCUUCUGGGCCUGCUUCCUACCUUUCUGGAUCUGGCAGCUUCUGGGUCAGUUCCAGCCCGCGAUGGCUCUCUCAACCAAGGCCAAGCGGAACAUCAACUAUCUGACCACCUGUCUGACAUACAGCAACAGUUGCAUCAAUCCGUUUCUCUACACCUUGCUUACUAAGAACUACAAGGAGUAUAUCCGAAAGAGACAGAGGACGUGGACGGCUGGUAGCUACCUCAACCGGCGAAACCGCUUCCAGCGUUCACCCCGUCGCUCCCUAUCCUCCAGCAGUCAGCAGUGCACGGAGAGCUUUGUGCUCGCGCACACGUCCCGCGCAAAUAACAACUGCCUUUGAGGGGAAGAUGACAGUCUGGGUUACAACAAAAGCAAUGCUGGUCAAGUCGGCUGUUAUCUCCCUAUAUCAAGCACAAGAGGAAGAAAAGAGAAGAUGGAGCAGAUCAGGCAAGAGAAGCUACAUUAAAGUUUCUUUGAAAAACAGCCCCAUUAAGUGACCAUUGUGGCGCUGGAUGCUGCAACCCGUUGUAAGAGUUUUACUGUAAGAGGAAAAACCAACUCAGUUCAUCAGUUCUGCGAACAUCGUAAAAUGCGAAAACUUUGAUCUCCAUUUCCCAAAGUGUCUUUGAUGGGAGUAAUUUCCUUCAAAUAACUCCAAUAGCCAUUGGAAUCCAUCUGAACAUGAAUUCUUUCAAAGGAUCACAUCAAAAAAGAACGACAUUUCUUGCGCUAAAUCUUUCACUUUUGUAUCAAUGAAGAUUCUAGCUCUAUUUGAUGUUUUGGGCUAUAUUUUCACUGUAUGUCACUCUAUUGGGUUUUCUUUGAUGAUUUUCAUGGUAGGCUUCUAAGCGGCAAUGUACAGCCAUAGAAACCCCUGCUGGAGUAAAUUUUUAUUUUUAUGAGUGCUGUAUUCCAUUUCCUGGGGCUAUCAAAUGGAUUCUGUCUGAUCACUGCAGGAUUCUGUCUCCAUUCUGUUUCCCUGACUUACAGAACCGCAGGCUGUGGACCGAAGGCUUUUGUUGACCUUAUACUGACCUGAGGUCUGUGUUCUCAAGACUACAAUGCAGAGGAUGCCUAGCUUGGACUUCUUCUAAUGAGAUAUGAUAGCAGGUCAGUCAUUUAAACUUUUGUACCGACAACUUCGUGCCCAUCAAGAUGGAAGGUCAGCACGAACACAGCGCCUACAGGAUACACGCAGUUUGCAAAAUAUGAGCGACACGGACUGAUGCAACUUCAACUUCCAAGGAAUAUUUAAUUGAUCUUCAUAGCAUAAUGGGGUAAUGGCUCUCGCCGGAGUCUGUAUUUGCUUUACACAAAAGAUAAGUAGGGAAGAGAUGCUCAUUAGAAGUCUGUGCGUUGCUUUGAUGCAAUGAAUUAUGCUCCUAUCAAAGGAGUGAACUAUUUUCUUUUUGUACAGAGAGCAUAAAUAUACUUGAUGUCGAUUUUAAAAAGAUAUUUGAGGAUUGACUGUAAAUAGUGCAUGUUAUUUAAAUGUUUACCUACAUCUAUGUUUACACAGAAGCUAAUGAAAGGUCAGCUAAUGAAGUAUGAACAUAUGUUCCAUGAAAUAUAAAUAUCAAUGAUAUGUGCAUCGAUUACAUCUGAGAAUAGAGAUUUUCACUUCCUAAAACAUAAAAGACUCUUUGGGUUACAUAAAUCAACCAGCCUUUGACACUAUAAGGGAAGUUCCAAAGCUGAACUUUAUACCUCAAGAGAGAAUAAAUGUGUUCCAAUAUGACUAAAACAGUAAACUUCAUGCUGUGUAACAAGUUAAUUUAUUUCCAAAGAAAAUGUUUCUAUGGCCAUGCUUUUGAAAAUGUAUUUCAAUGGUGUGCAAAUCAUUCAAGUUACCUGUGCAUCUAUGGCCAGAGACAGAAAACGCAACAAAGAAUGCAAAAAUCAUGGAAAUAAAGCAUUUUUUUAAAUGUAUGCGCAAUAUGCUUAUCUAUAUGCUAUCAUUGUUUUGCUAUUGUAAAAUAAAGUACUUACGCGUUUUUAUAUUUGUCACUGUUUAGAGUCUAUAUGUAAAAUUUUUGUAUUUUCACUGUAGCUUAUUUCAAAUGCUCAUUGAUGCUUGCU